AUGCUCCUCAUAGCGACACUCACCCUUAUUUCGGCCCUGUCUGCGGGACAUCUUGUUAAUGCCAACUCUAGCAGUGUUAUAUUUGUCUGCGAGCGGAUUGCAGACACCAUAUCCUCCGCAUCCAGCGUCUACUACCCUUCGAGCCCGAAUUACGAAGCGGAUAUAUAUCAUUAUGCUAAUUCCAGCACGCAGAAUUCUGUUUGCUCUGUGGAACCAGGGACGCCUGAAGAUGUUGGUGUGAUCCUUCAGAUCCUCGGAGCUUCUCGAACGCCAUUUGCUGUGAAAGGUGGCGGGCACAUCAUGAAUCCUGGAUACUCCUCUACACCGGGGGUACAAAUUGCGAUGACACGGUUCAAUGAUGUCGAUUACGACGCUUCGACUGGAACAGUCGCUAUUGGCGCAGGUUUGGUUUGGGACGAUGUUUAUGCUGCUUUAGAGGACUUUGACGUCAAUGUCGUUGGAGGUCGUGUUUCUGGUAUUGGUGUCGCGGGUUUGACACUCGGUGGAGGUUAUUCAUGGCUGACCAAUCAGUAUGGUUUGACCCUCGAUAAUGUCCAAGCCUAUCAGUUGGUUUUGCCCAACAGUUCAGUUAUAAACGUUACCGAGGCCUCCAAUCCCGAUCUUUUCUUUGGUCUGAAGGGAGGCUACAAUAACUUUGGAAUUGUCACAACUUUCACACUCAAGACAUUCCCUCAGGGACAAGUAUGGGGUGGCCAACUCGUGAUCCUUGGUCAAUACAUAGACCAAGUUAACUUAGCUACCGCCAACUUCGCCGCGAAUGUUACUGAUCCGAAAGCAGCGCUUAUCACCACAAUCGACUACACAGGCGGACAGAUUUUAGCGUCUGUAAUAAUGUUCUAUGAUGCGCCUACACCUCCAUCAGGCAUCUUUGACGACUUCUUGACCAUCCCCAACGUUGAAGAAGAUGUCUCCACCCGGAGCUACUUGUCACUUGUGCAAGUCGAAUCAACCCAGACGAGCGCAAAUAAGCGCGGAUACUAUAACACCGUAUCCCUAAGGGACAUCACCUAUUCCAUCAUGCAGGCAGUAACCAAUCAAGCAGAGUAUUGGGGUGCCAAAAUGCUCUCCGCUGGUGAAGCAAUCAUCAGCUAUGACGUCGAGCCCUUCCUGCAGACCAUCCUCACACACGGGAGCCCGUCAGCAUAUCCGUCAACUCGCUCACAGCGUUACUUGCCGUUGAACCUUUACUUCAGUUGGACCAAUUCUUCGGCCGAUGAGGCGUUUUACGAUGCAAUUUUGGAGAGCGCCACGAAUCUAACGGAGACAGCGGUUAUUGAGGGGCAGGCAGACGUCGCCACUGCGCCUCUCUACCCAAAUUACGCAAUUUAUGGCACGAGUACGGGAAGGAUAUAUGGGGCUUCGCUAGGCACACUAACAGUGCUGAAAGCGAUAUACGAUCCUGAGAACGUGAUGGGUCUGGCUGGUGGAUGGAAAGUUUGA